UAUGAGCAACAAAUCAGUCGUCUGCUGAUAGUUGAAGUGAAAGAUACAAUUCAUCUCUCCGAAGGGAUUAGCUUAAUAUAAAAAUAAAAUAAAAAAGAGUUAAGAAUUAUCGCUCUGUGCCAUAUGAGUGUUAGAUAUAAAAAUAUAAUCAAUCAUCUAGAACAAGAAAAAAACUUACCCUUUCAGUAAAAAAAAACAAUGAAAAAUUAAAGUGUACUGAGUGCUUAGUUUAAAAAAAUAUAAUUUUGAACUGAACAAAAUAAAAAAGUGUUUGUUUUUUGUGAAAAAUAAAACAAAAUUGUGAACAAAAAUUAAACAAGUGAAUAAAACUGCGCUGACACAUUAGCUCAGCCAACGGAUUAAACUCUAUCAUCAUCGAUAUCAUCGACAUCAUCAAUAAAACAGAACAAAUAACAAACUUAUAAAUAAGAUGAAUCAAACGUGUAAGGUAUGUGGCGAACCCGCUGCCGGUUUUCAUUUUGGUGCCUUUACUUGCGAAGGAUGCAAGUCAUUCUUUGGGCGAUCAUACAACAACCUCUCGUCGAUAAGUGAAUGCAAAAAUCACGGCAAGUGCGUCAUUGACAAGAAGAACCGCACCACAUGCAAGGCGUGCAGAUUGCGCAAGUGCUACACAGUGGGCAUGUCCAAGGGUGGAUCACGCUAUGGCCGUCGCUCAAAUUGGUUCAAAAUCCAUUGCUUGCUGCAAGAACAACAACAGCAAGCUGCAGAAGCCGCCGGCAAACAUGGCUUUGGUGGUGAUAUGGGUUCUGCUGCGGCUGCUGCUGCCGUCGCUGCUGCACAAGCACCAUCGCUAGCUUCACACAUGGGCAUGCUGGGUUAUCCGGGUUAUUUGCCGGAAAUGAUGUCAAGUCCGGAUGCAUUCAAGAGUUCUUUCCACAAUUCUUUUUUGUCGAGGCAUCCUGAUGCAGCGAUAGCAGCUGCGGCUGCUGCCGAUUACCAUCAACAUCAGCAACAACAACAAAUGCAACACCAACAAUCUUCAUCAUCAUCGGCUGCGGCUGCAGCGGCUGCGAUGCCAUUUUUCAUGAUGAACUCAAUGCCAAUAUCAUCACGAUCUGCAUUCCAAUUGCCGCCACAUUUACUCUUCCCCGGUGCUGGUGGAUCGGCGGUAGCUGGGUAUCAUGCAGCCGACGCAUAUCAUCGUGCCGAUGAGUUAUUCAAACACCGUCAAUCUGUGGAUACACUGUCCGAAGGUUCGAAUCGCUGGAAUGAAAGUUGCAGUCCCGAGGCUAGAAACGAUGGAAUAAUCAGCCCCACCACUGCUCGUUGCUCUCCCAAGUCACAUUCACAUGAGGACAUUCGCGAUAGAAGCCCAGCAAGAUCAAUGACACGAUCCCCAUUGGAGGUUAGUCGAACUCCAGAGAGUCGCGAAUCACCAAAUCUCCCCGCACAAGAAGCCACCAUUGAUAUCAUGGAUCCUUCAGCAUCACCAGUACACUCUCACAUUCCAUCACCCAUCCCCAACAAAACCGAAGAAACCGCCUACCAUAUGAAAUUGCAAUCAGAAUCUCCGGUAUCGAUUUGCUCAACUGCCGAUCAAGAACAAGACAGUCCAAUGGAUCUUAGUAUGAAAGCCCAACGCAGUCGAUCUGGGUCAAGAACAGCUUCCUCCUCAGUCCCUUCCGAUAACCAAAGUUUGAUUUCUGGCGGUGAAAGUGAUAUACAGAGUGAGUCGAGCGAAGAGGAAAUUCGGCUGGCACGAAGGAAGUUCUAUCAUUUGAGUGAAAAUGAAUCGGAUGUAUCUCAAGACACUGCAGAGAGUGUUAAGAGGCAAAAGCUUCAAGAACAAGGAUAUAAUAAUUAUGGGGUCAGUAGUAAUGGGAGUAUAAAUUCAACUAGUCUAAGAGGCAUCUUUGUUUGUGUUUAAAUUUUUUAAGAUAUUCAUAGAUUAAUUAUUAUUAUUUGAAAAAGUUUUUUGAUAUUGUUAAAACAAAUUAUUAAAUUGUAAAUAGUUUUUUUUUUUGAGUAUGAUUCUAGAAAAAAAUAGCGAGGAUUGUAAAUAUUUUAUUUUA